AUAUUUUGCUUUACCUGAGUUCCGUUUCCUACUCAUGAAGUUAUAGUAAAACUAUACUUAUUGGUUUUUUUAUUACUUGUCCCAAUAAACCUAUUACAGUUAAUAAAAGAUUUAUUCGUGAUUAACCUUUUCCGCUUGAGAAAAUGUUCAAUGAUGAUAAUGACUUAGAAGACAUCCAGUUACGUGAAACUAUACCCGAUUCUCUGAAAGAUAAUGUCAGUCAUGACAUAAACAGGGAGGAUAUAAUUGAUACAGGAAGUUGUGGGAAAAUUAAAGUUCAAGUUUCUGGGGAGGGAAAAAAAAGAGCGAUAUUUACUUUUCACGACAUAGGAUUGAAUGGUAUGUCCAGUUUUGGUGGCUAUUUUAAGCAUCCGAGAGUGCUUCCCAUCUUAAGAGACUUCAAUGUUUAUCAUAUAAAUGCCCCAGGGCAAGAAGAUGCAGCACAAAAUUUAUCCCCAUCCUUCAAGUAUCCUACGAUGGACCAACUUUCUGAAAUGAUAUAUUUCAUAAUGAAAUUUUACAACGUUGAUCGCUUCAUUGGCUUUGGUUCUGGCGCUGGUGGAAAUAUUUUAAGCAGAUUUUCGCUGAUGUAUCCUGACAAAGUAGAUGGCUUAAUCUUGAUAAAUUGUACAGCAUCCAAAGCUAGUUGGACUGAAUGGGGUUAUCAAAAGGUUAACAUACAUAAUUUAAACAAAGGUGCAAUAACAGACAGAGUGAAAGAAUAUUUAAUUUGGCAUUGGUUUGGAAAUAAAACUGGUACAACGAAUGAAAAUCUUAUAUCUUCAUAUUCCAAGUAUAUAGAAAAAUGCAACCCAUUUAACUUGGGAAAGUUUAUAGAAUCAUAUAUAAAACGAACUGAUUUAAGAAUCAUUAGAGAGGUUAGUAAACUCAUUCUUUCUUAAAUGAAUUCUUCAAAAGAAAUUUUGAAGACUUUACCGGCCAAGAAGAAACUAGCACGAAUGAUCAGAUGCCCAGUAUUACUCGUGACCAGUGAUUUUUCGCCUCAUUUGAACGAUACUAUAGAAAUGAAUGCUCGAUUGGAUCCGUCAAAUUGCUCAUGGGUCAAAUUUUCCUGUGGUGGCCUCAUUAUGGAGGAGGAACCGAUCAAAUUGACAGAAUCAUUUCGCCUCUUUUUACAGGGAAUGGGAUUUGGCAUGUUUUUUUUUUAAAUCUAUAAAUUCCUAUUAAUAUUCUUCUUUAACAGUUUCAACCCUACGAAAUUGAGUUUCACUGCUGACGAAUCAUUUUACGAUCCAAAAUGAUUAAUUCGAUGAUAAAAUUCUAAUAUAAUUUCUGAAAAUUUUUUUGUCAAAAGUCCAUCAUUACGCAAAAAUCUAAUUAUCCCUUUUUUCCCCUGGAACACCUGUUAAAGCCUUGUACAAAUCGACGAUUGGUUCAACAUUUGUUUUUGCUUCGCAAUAAUAGCACACAACGUAUAAUUCUCUUUUUAAACGGUGAAUUUCUGUAUUAAAUCCUCUACAUGCAACACACUUAACGUAAGAUCCUGAAGAAGGAAAUAAAAGUGUUUAACAUUUAUAAAUUAAUAACUAGUUAUCAAAUGAAUAUUGUACUUAUAAAUCUUUUUAUAACUGCUGUAAAGUGAUACUCUUUGUAUAUCCCUCUCAGAAUUAGCCAAUUGUUUUUAUCUAUGGAAGCU